AGUGAGCUGCUUCACACUGAGCCUAAAGCACUGAAGUGUUUCUGUGUCUGUACGGGAAGACAGAAAAAAAUCAUUUGUAUACAACAACUAAAGGUGACUGGACAUCCACUGGGUGCAAACCUUCUGAGAAAACUGCAAAAAAAGGGAACUGAAAUGUGUCUGCUGUGAUCAUGGAUCGCGUCAGGAUAGACAGGAAUAAUGCUAUUUCAUGUGGUAACUAUAACAACGUAAACGAGCCUGAGUAUGAUGAGGUGGAGGUCCUGGAUGACAACCAAGGAGUGUGUAUACUUCCUGCACUGCCCAUAAAUGAAGAGAGGGAGUAUGCAGACAGGGAUCGUUCAAGUUUUUCAUCAUUGUCUUCGGUUGGAAAACCUCCAAAAUGUCCACCCAGAGAGACCUUACACACUGAGGGGCCUCCCGUAAACCGAAACCUGAAGCCGGGAAGAAAAAAGACCAAAUUAGAUCGAAGACUCCCACCUCUUCCACCAGAUGUUCGGUUUUUGCGUCCUCCCAGGUCCUCUUCCUCGCCGUCGACUUUUACCUUUGAGAUGGUCAAUGCAUUUGCAGCCCUUUCUGAACAUCAGACCCACGGAAAUGAAAAGCUGAGGACGCCUGAAGAGGAAGAUGCUGCUUUUCAUGUCAGAGGUCAACACCCUGCUGAGUGCGCUUCAGCCCAUCCGCUCAAUAAAAGGCACUCCUGGGAUCUGGAAACUCACGACUUAGACAAAAGAUCACACCAAAGACUGGAGCGGGUUCCGUCGAGACGCCUUCACCACGAGUGGCCUCAGACAAAGGAGGACAUUGAGCAGCAUGAGUUUUGUUCAGUGAAAAGGUCUCAGAUCAACUGUGAGGAGGGCUGGUACAUUGGGGCCUGUAAACGCAUAGAUGCUGAGCACGCCUUACACCUGGUGAACAAGAAUGGUGCGUUUUUGGUUCGAGAUUGCUCCAACAGCAGCGACAGUGAGCCUUUGGUUCUGGUGGUGUUCCACGACAAGAAGGUUUAUAAUGUAAAAAUUCGGUUCAUUGAGAGCACCGGAAAGUUUGCUCUGGGAACUGGACUUCAAUCAAAUGAAAUGUUCGACUCUGUGGCGGACAUCAUCAAAUUCCACUCCCUAUUUCCAAUAAUACUCAUCAGUGGUAGAAAUAUCUCUGGAAUCAAAUACCCAGACAACUGCGUGCUGACGUGUCCCAUAAGUAAAGGAGAUGUUGAACUGCUCCUACAGUAAUAUCUGUACCAGAUCGCCAUCUCAUUCUUCUACGCAGUGUAAAAAUAAGCACAAAGUUGACCAAAAUUUAUUGAGAGCUCAUAAACAUCAGAUCUAACAUCUGUUCAACUUCUUUUUUUCUUGAAUGUUUUUUCAUACAAAUGCAAUAAAAAUGUCAGAAAGUGAAUCAGGAUGUGAUAAAUGCCAAAGGUUUGGAGUAUUUUUUGUACUUUCAUGUACUUAGUUGUCAAAUAUAUCAUGAGGAUGAAACCAGAACAUUAUUUGUCACUUGAAAAAUUCUAUAACAUAAAUAUGUCAAAUGAAAGUAUUUAUAGAUACAAAAUGCUACGGGAAAUUGCAUCCAUCACUUUAUUAAAGCUCUGCUUUGCGGUUUUGCUACAAGAAUUAAAAAAUGUAAGGAUUAAAAGGCUUAAUUAAAGUGGAAAGUAAAAGACACGAAAGUGAACUCAUGGAUGUGUUUAUGCAAAUUGGGACAAGAAAUCAGGCAAGAUCCAAGCAAACAUGACAUGAAAGCCAUUUCAAACCAUUAUUUUUUAUAUCAGACAAUUAGUUACCGUGGAUACUACCAAACACGACUAGUGUAAAGCUAUCUUUAUUAAAAACUUAUGUUAAUAAAUAUAAGAUCCUUUUUUUAAUCAUUAAAAAAGAAAAAAACUAAACUCACAUCCCGUGAAUGAUUACACAAAAAAAGGAUUAAUUAAACCUA